AUGGACGACUUACAGGCUGCGGAUGACACCAACGGCGGACUCUCCAGUGUCAUAGAAGUCCAAAUCGACCCCGAUGGCGACCUCACCUUGCGGGCGGGGCAGCAGACAGACAAGCCCGAAAGGCUAUUCCACGUCUGCGCCAGCGCCUUGCGACGUUCAUCGCAGGUCUGGAAGAAGAUGCUCUUUGGUCCAUUCAAAGAAUCUAAACCGGCGUUUGGGCCAUGGGUGGUGAACCUCCCUGAAGACGACCCCGAAGCUUUGGAAAUAAUCCUCAAUAUCAUCCACGCGAACUUCCCCUUGGUCCCGAAUACACCUGACCUGUUUGAGCUUUAUGAGAUUUUUCAGAUGGCGAACAAGUACGACAUGAUUCCGGCUCUGAAACCUUGGGCUGUUUCUUGGUUGCAUGUGGCGGAGAAUUGCCAAAAGGGCACGAAUCGCUUUGAAGGCCGAGAGAGGGCAGCAUUGUCCUAUGUGGCGUGGGAGUUGGGGCAGGUUGAGCUGCAUAGGCAGAUGGUCAAGGAAUUGAUCAUGUAUUCCUCGCUCAGCGAAGACGAACGCAUGGUCAGCCAGAAGGUGUUGUUGGAUGACGUUGGUCCUCUCGGCCCACCCGGUCUGCUUGAGAUUCUCCACAGACAGCGAGAAGACAUCAUCAACACCCUACCACUCCAAAUUAACUCCGUCAUCAGAGAACUCAUGUUCAACGACAGGUGCUGUGUUGAUAAGAGGGCCACCUGUGAGGACAGGAAGCAUUGCAACUUCAUUAUCCUAGGCAGCUUGAUGAGAGGCAUGGGCGACGCAAGUGGUGGUGUUGGGUUGGAAGUGAAGUGUGAUCGGAUGGAAGCUGUGGCGAGCUAUGUGGAUCGCAUCCGGGGCAUCGCUAACAAGAUAUGCUUCCAUGAAGGGCAUACUACCCGAUGCAACCCAGGCCCGAAGAUUCAAUUCAUGUUGAAGAAGAUUACCAAGGGGCGUAUUGUUAAGCUAACGAAGAGCAGUAUUCAAAAGAUGGAACACAGGCGUGAAGAACUCGGAUUGGGGCCAGAAAGGGCAAGAACACCAGAAGAAAUUUCAUAA